UAAGUCUGUUUUCAGAGUAACAGAAGCUUUCAGACUCAGAGGAACAACAGUGGAGAAAAAGUCCAGGAGUUUCUCUUCUACAGACCUGGUCCAGACAGAAGAGUUACGGAGUGAAGAAAUGAGAGGAAACUGAAUGAAGGUAGAAGGUGUGUGAGCUGAUGUGAAGUGAGCAGCAUGGAUCAGUGUGAGGACAGAGAGGACAGAGUCCCUCCCUCUAAAACCACUCUGUGUGGAGAACAUGAGGACCAGAGCAAAGUUCAGAGGAAACAAACAGAACCAGAACCUGGACCAGAACCCAGCUGUGUGUCCUUAAAGAGCAACAUGUCAAAGGAUGCAUUUUGGGAUUUCAAAUCAGACCAACCUUCCUCAGCGAACAGGAUCCAACUGAACCUCAAACCAGAACCAGAACCUAGCUGUGUUUCCUUAAAGAGCAACAGGUCAAAGGGUCGCAUUAUCAAUUUUAAAUCAGACCGACCUUCGGCUGCAAAGAGAGUGGACCAGCAGAACUCACAGGUUCCCAGUGAUCCAUCUACCCCGCAGCAUCAAACCCAGCUGGACUCCAUAUUUAUGCUGCUGGAGGAAAACAUUGUUAGUUUUGUGAAGAAGGAACUGAAGAAGAUCCAGAAGGUUCUGAGUCCAGAUGAACCAGAAGGCUUAGAGAGUCAGUGGAAGGAUGAGGAGCAUAUGAGGAGCAGCAGAAGGGCUUUGGUCCAGAUCACACUGAAUUUCCUAAGCAGGAUGAAACAGGAGGAGCUGGUUGAACGUCUGCAGAGCAAGCUUUUGGCUUUAGUUUCUCAACGUAAACUUAAAUCCAGUCUAAAGAAGAGGUUCCAGUCUGUGUUUGAGGGGAUCGCUAAAGCAGGAAGUCCAACCCUUCUGAACCAGAUCUACACAGAGCUCUACAUCACAGAGGGAGGGACUGGGGGGGUCAAUGAUGAACAUGAGGUCAGACAGAUUGAAACAGCAUCCAGGAAACCAACCAGACCAGAAACAACAAUCAGACAAGAAGACAUCUUUAAAGUCCCACCUGGAAGAGAUCAACCAAUCAGAACAGUGAUGACAAAGGGAGUGGCUGGCAUUGGGAAAACAGUCUUAACACAGAAGUUCACUCUGGACUGGGCUGAAGGCAAAGCCCACCAGAACAUCCAGUUCAUAUUUCCAUUCACCUUCAGAGAGCUGAAUGUGCUGAAAGACAAAAAGUUCAGCUUGGUGGAACUUGUUCAUCACUUCUUCACUGAAACCAAAGGAAUCUGCAGCUUUGAUCGGGUGCAGGUUCUGUUCAUCUUUGAUGGUCUGGAUGAGAGUCGACUUCCUCUGGACUUCCACAACAAGGAGAUCCUGACUGAUGUUACAGAGUCCACCUCAGUGGAUGUUCUGCUGACAAACCUCAUCAGGGGGAAACUGCUUCCCUCUGCUCUCCUCUGGAUAACCACACGGCCUGCAGCAGCCAAUCAGAUUCCUCCUGAGUGUGUUGGCAUGGUGACAGAGGUCAGAGGGUUCAAUGACCCACAGAAGGAGGAGUACUUCAGGAAGAGGUUCAGAGAUGAGGAGCAGGCCAGCAGGAUCAUCUCCCACAUCAAUAGAUCUAGAAGCAUCCAGAUAAUGUGCCACGUUCCAGUCUUCUGCUGGAUCACUGCUACGGUUCUGGAGGAUGUGUUGGAGACCAGAGAGGGAGGAGAGCUGCCCAACACCCUGACUGAGAUGUACAUCCACUUCCUGGUGGUUCAGACCAAAAUGAAGAAGGUCAAGUAUGAUGGAGGAGCUGAGUCAGAUCCACACUGGAGUCCAGAGAGCAGGAAGAUGAUUGAGUCUCUGGGAAAACUGGCUUUUGAUCAGCUGCAGAAAGGAAACCUGAUCUUCUAUGAAUCAGACCUGACAGAGUGUGGCAUCGAUAUCAGAGCAGCCUCAGUUUACUCAGGAGUGUUCACACAGAUCUUUAAAGAGGAGAGAGGACUGUACCAGAACCAGGACAAGGUGUUCUGCUUCGUCCAUCUGAGUGUUCAGGAGUUUCUGGCUGCUCUUCACGUCCAUCUGACCUUCGUCAAGAAUGAAGUCAAUCUGAUGGAAGAACAUAGAAAUAUUUCUGUUAAGGCUAAGUUAUCUAAGACAGCAAAACCAAGAAGUCUCCAUCAGAGUGCUGUGGACAAGGCCUUGCAGAGUACAAAUGGACACCUCGACUUGUUCCUCCGCUUCCUCCUGGGUCUUUCACUGCAGACCAAUCAGACUCUCCUACAAGGUGUGAUGACCAAGGCACGAAGUAGCUCACUGACCAAUCAGGAAACAGUUCAGUACAUCAAAGGGAAGAUCAAUGAGAAUCUGUCUGCAGAGAAAAGCAUCAACCUGUUCCACUGUCUGAAUGAACUGAAUGAUCGUUCUCUGGUCCAGGAGAUCCAACAGUCUCUGAGAUCAGGAAGUCUCUCCACAGAUAAACUGUCUCCUGCUCAGUGGUCAGCUCUGGCCUUCAUCUUAGUGACAUCAGGAGAAGAUCUGGAUGUGUUUGACCUGAAGAAAUACUCUGCUUCAGAGGAGGUUCUUCUCAGGCUGCUGCCAGUGGUCAAAGCUUCAAACAAAGCUCUACUGAAUGACUGUAACCUCUCAGAGAGAAGCUGUGAAGCUCUGGCCUCAGUUCUCAGCUCCCAGUCCUCUAAUCUGAGAGAGAUGGAUCUGAGUAACAACAAGCUGCAGGGUUCUGGAUUGAAGCUGCUGUUUUCUAGACUGAAGAGUCCAAACUGCAAACUGGAAACUCUCAGACUUGGUGGCUGUUCUCUCUCUGAGGCUGAAUGGGAAGUUGUGGCCUCAGCUCUGAAGUCCAACCUUCAUCUGACUGAAGUGGAAAUAGAGGAGAUCUAUGGAGGUGGAUCCUUUGGAGACUCUGGAAUUAAGCAUCUGUGUGAGAUACUGGAGAGUUCAAUCUGCAAAGUGAAGAAACUGAGAUUGAAUCACUGCAGAUUGUCAGAGAUCAACUGGGCUUCUCUGGGCUCAGCUCUGAAGUCUAAUCCAUCCCAUCUGACAGAACUGAACCUGAGUGGAACCAACCUGGAAGCUGGAAUAAAAGAGCUCAGUGGGUUUCUCCAGUCUCCCCUCUGCAAACUACAGACAUUGAGACUUGGUGGCUGUUUGCUCUCUGAGGCUGAAUGUGAAGUUGUGGCCUCAGCUCUGAAGUCCUACCUUCCUCUGACUGUGGUGGAAAUAGAGACGAUCUAUGGAGGUAGAUCCUUUGGAGACUCUGGAAUGAAGCAUCUGUGUGAGAUACUGGAGAGUUCAAUCUGCAAAGUGAAGAAGCUGCAAUUGAGGAGCUGCAGAUUUUCAGAGAUCAGCUGGGCUUCUCUGGGCUCAGCUCUGAAGUCUAAUCCAUCCCAUCUGACAGUACUGGACCUGAGCAGAACCAAGCUGGACCCUGGAAUGAAGGAGCUCAGUGGGUUUCUCCAGUCUCCCCUCUGCAAACUACAGACAUUGAUAUUUAGGGGCGACAGUUUCUCAGAGAUCAGCUGGGCUUCUCUAGUCUCAGCUCUGAAGUCUAAUCCAUCCCAUCUGACAGAACUGGACCUGAGUGGAACCAAGCUGGACCCUGGAAUGAAGGAGCUCAGUGGGUUUCUCCAGUCUCCCCUCUGCAAACUACAGACAUUGAGCUUGAUGCGCUGUGGUUUGUCAAAGAUCAGCUGUUCUGCUCUGGUCUCAGCUCUGAAGUCAAACCCCUCACAUCUGGAACACCUGGACCUGAGCUGCAACAACCUGAAGGAGUCAGAUGUUCAGCAGCUGCAGGAUCUUAAAGAGAGUCCAGACUACAAACUGAAGACUCUGUACUGGAGCUGAUGAUCUUAGUAGAGGAGAGAAGCUGAUCUGUGUCCUGAUGAUCCGCAGAGGUUGAAGCUGCAGAAGUUUGAGUUUAAAGAGACUCUGACUGGAUCCUGAUGAUGAACUCUGAGUUUAGAGAUUUUUCUCCUCUUUAUUUGAUCCUGUCUGUCAUUUAGUGUCUGAUAUUGUUUUUCUCUUUGGAACAAUGGAGAUGAAAUUCAAGCUAAGCUCCAUUUAGUGGCUCCAUGGAGGUUUGAUCUGAAUCUGAUCAAACUGUAAAGUUGAUCUUUUUUCUCUCUCAUUAAUUUUCAGCCUGUAACCCAGAAAUCUGAAAUAAAGCUCAAUUCUAAACUUUUCAGGCUGCAUGUUUGCUUCAUUGUGAUGCAGUUUUUGGAUGUUUUUGAUUCUAUUCCAGAUGUUUUCUGCAGAUGUUUGGGCAGCUCUGCUCAUCUGAUCUGUUGCUGCAAACAGCUCAGUGAGGAAAUGAUGGUUUCUUCAAUCAGAGGGUGAUUUUUUUACUUGUGGUCACCACCACACCUCAUUGCCCUGCAGGUUUCCUUGCUGUACUGUAGUCGUAGCGCCCCGGUCAGAUAGUUCUUUCUGUUCCCAUUAAAAGCCACAGUGAACCUUAUUUCUGCUGGAACUGAAGCCGCUCCUCCAUAGACGGCUCCUGGGGGCCGAUACCUCACAUUACAGCUUUGAAAUAUUGAUCAGAGCCUCAGGUUGCAUCCUCAGCUGGUUGCUGUGGAGAAAAUUAGUGCAAAACUUUCUUGUUUAUAUGAAUCUAAGUUGCUGGAAUAAAGUAUUUAUAAAAAAGAUA